CAGUCGCCCAUGGACAACGCGACCCUCAGGGUGGCGCUUAUGGGGGUCGGCUCGGCUGCUACAGUGCUAGUUGGUCUCGCGCUGGUUAAACAGCUUCUGGCGAGAAGGUAUACUUCUGCGGGCCCCUCGUUGCCUCCGGGACCUCCACCGCUCCCUAUCGUAGGCAACGCGCUAGAGGUUCCUUCGGAUGAAGCCUGGUUGACGUACACGAAGUGGCAGAAGCAGUACGGAGACAUUGUAUACUGUCGUCUCUUGGGCACCGACGUCGUCGUCCUCAACUCGGAAAAAGUGGCAGAGGUCCUUUUGGAGAGACGGUCGCGGAUAUAUUCGAGCCGGCCGCACCUCGCCACCAGGGUCCCCUUCGGAUGGGGCUUCCACUUCGUCUUCGAGGAGUACGGCGACAAGUGGCGGACGAAUCGCCGGCUGUUCCACCAGUCGUUCAGGGAGGAAAUGACGAUGCACUAUCAUCCAUUCUUGCAGCGUUCGUCGCACCAGUUGCUGCUCAACCUUCGAAGGGACCCGGCGAGGUUGUUUGAGUAUCUGAGUUUGUUCGCAAACUCAGCGAUGCUAUCGAGCAUCUACGGUUACGAGACCAACGACGUCCAUGAUCCUUUCGUGCGCAAUGGGGAGAAAGCGUUCGCCACGCUGGAUGUGAUCACCCCCGAAAAAUCGGUGUUGCUCGAGCUGUUUCCGUUUAUUCUCGACCUUCCAGAUUGGUUUCCGGGCAUUGCUCUUCAGCGGCACGCCCGUGCAGCCCGGAGGGUUAUCCACGACUAUAUUGAGAAGCCUUUCCAAUUUACUAUGAAAAAUCUGCAAGCAGAAGCCUCUUUUCCGUCGAUGCUGUCUGAUUCAAUUAGACGGUUCGCCCAUCGUCAGGACGAGUUUUCGGAGAAUAUGAUGAAAGAGGUGUCGGCUGCUGCAUUCACAGGUGGAGCAGAAACGACCUCCUCUACCCUCCUAGUACUUGUUCUUGCCAUGGUGUUGCACCCGGAUGUGCAAAGGCGAGCACAGGAAGAAAUAGCGGCUACGAUUGGGAGUGUCCGGCUUCCUGCACUCGAAGAUCGACCCGCUCUUCCCUACAUCGACGCCGUUAUCCGCGAGGUUAUGCGGUGGCAGCCCGUCGUCCCCCUAGCUGUUCCGCACGCUACUGUCGAGAACGACGUAUACGAUAAUUAUUUCAUUCCCAAAGGGUCGACCGUUAUCCUCAACACAUGGGCUAUCUCUCGAAACCCGGAAAAAUACCCCAACCCCGAGACAUUCGACCCCGGGCGUUUCCUAGACGCAGAUGGGCAGCUCACCGAAGACGGCGUAAAAUGGAACUUUGGCUACGGCCGUCGCAUCUGUCCUGGGCGUCAUCUCGCAGAGGCAGGAGUAUGGAUUUCGGCAGCGUGUCUCCUUGCGACAUUCAGCUUCUUGAAGGCAAAGGAUGAAAGCGGUCGGGACGUUGAGUUCGAGCCAAAGUGGACGACGGGGCUUAAUCACGCCCCGUGGUACCGUUCCCUUGCCGCGUUGUACCAAGGGAAGGCACGCUCAUGUACUGAACCCUAACUGUAUGGACGUCUUCAUACCGGUUUUAUUUGAUCACCGUUAUACUGCAUAACCCCACGCAGUGCGAGUGGUCAAGUCGCGAAGUCCAAUAGAUUCAACAAGCACCGAGGACUCCUGACGCGAGCGUUUAUCUUGAGCCAAACGGAUGGCCAUCUCGAGGGCGCCGUGUGCGUACCGUUUCGGCAACGUUCUCCCAUCCAAACCGCGAGCUUGUUAUAGCAAAUAGACUGGAGCACUCCCACAUUCAGUGAAGCGCCGCAUGUAUGAAUAAUAUGACGUGGUGAGGUGCCAUGGUACGGCGGUAUACCAACAUGGUAUCAGCUGGAGUCUGUC